ACUUUUGCUCUAACAAUUUUCUUUUGUUUCCUCGAUUAGUGCCGCUGGUUAGCAGUGGAAAAUCGAAUGAAAAAAGGAAAUCGUAUCCUUAAAGUGUCCCAAAUAGUGUCAAGCAAGUAAUUCCGUUCAUUUAUCGUUAAUUUCCAUUCCUCGUGGUGGGUUGGGAACCGUUCCCUGUGUGCACGCACAAUUUUGGGCAUCUCGUUAUCCUAGGAAACCGGGUGUUCCAUUUCGCUGCAUUUCGGCAUCCACAUGCGUAUGUGAAACAACCUGUAUACGCACCAACCGCCAUUGUGUGCGUGCAUGCACACGCGUUUGCUUUUAUCCCUUAAAGGACGAAACGCAACGUACGGGAGCAACCCGUGGAACAAAAAACAGAAUCACGGUGCGAAAGGGAGCACAACGGAACAGCAUACAGUUCCCGCGGUACCGUUUCAUGUGCACGGUUUUGGGUCGAAGUUGAAGGUUGACGUGUGCCAAACCGGGAGUUUGUUGUCUCUCUGUACCGCGCGGGCUGUUGUUGCUGUCGUGUGCUGCCGUUUGGAUGUUUGUGCUGGAGGACACAGUAGACAUUGAUGGACUGGUGAUGAUGAUGCUGUGUUGUUAGUAAUUAGCGGUCCAUUUCUUCUGUUCCCCAGGCAUGUAACACAUGCAACGAAUGGACAUUAACGCUCAGUCCUUUUUUGGGCACAAUUUCACGUAAAAAUAGUGGCCGCGUGUGCUUGGAUGUGCAAAGUUUAACGAUAACGGAGAAUAUUCUACCAAUGGUGGUACCCGGUGUGAUGCGGGUUAAAGUUAGUGUUUUGUUUUGAUUUCUUACUUUUCCGUGAUUAGUGUGAAUUUAUGCUAACAGUAACGACGUAAAGUGCGAAUUUGUUCAUGACAUCAUAAUCAACAGUGUGUUCUGAAAUUAAAUUUCCUGUGCCAGUGCUCCCAGUAGUACAAGGCUACUGAAGAAGACUAGUUUUCCCUCAACUGCAUCAUACAAAAUAAACAAAACAAUUCCAGGGGUAAAGCGAUUGCAGUAGGCCCUGCCCGGUUCCGUUGCACAUUUGCCUUGGUUACGCGUUUGUCGAAAGUCAACAGGGAGGAGAGUUCCCCAUCCAUUGCUAGCUGCUACGGUAGUGUGUGACAAACGUUUGCAAUCGAAGGAACGGUUGAAGGUGAAGCAGAAGCCAGGGCAGAGCUGUAGUCCCAACGAAGAGGAGCGACCUUUUUACCGAGAAUAGCCGUCCGUAUCGUGAGAAGAGGACGAGAAAUCUUGUCGAGUCCCACCAAAACCAACCCAACGCAAGGCGAACGCGCGAGGAAACAUUUUUAAAAAUGGUGCAGGCACUGGACGAGUAUGACAUUCAGCCGGAUCUGCCGCAGGCAUUACGAUUGCUGGAUGAAAUGAACAACAACUUCAAGCAGGUGUCCGAUCUGGUAGGCAACAUGCUGCAACGGGUGAAAACGGGCGAACUAUCGACCGAGUACGGGCUAAACUUUCUCGAAAUCAAGUACCAUAUGCUGCUGAACUAUCUCAUCAACCUGACGUACGUGGUGUUGCGAAAAUGCUCUGGACACCGAAUCGAGAAGGAUCCAUCGAUCGACCGGUUGAUUGAAAUACGAACCGUGCUGGAAAAGAUCCGACCCAUCGACUACAAACUACGCUAUCAGAUCGACAAGCUGGUAAAGACGGCAGUUACGGGCAGCAGUACGAGCACAGCCGAUCCUACCGCGUUCCGUGCAAACCCGGCCAACCUUAUGUCACAGGUGCCGGCACCGGGAGAAGAGGCGGGUGCAGGCAGCACUGCAGCAGGUGAGGGUGAUGGUCCCGAUACGGACGACGGUGCCGAUUCGGACAGUUCCGCCAUGGUGAUGCUGAAACUGAAACGCGCCAAGGAAGCAGCCAAAAAGGGUGGAGCAGCAGGUGCCCGUGGUGGCGGUGGGGACCGUGAUGACGGUGCAGCACGACGUAGCAAAUCGGACGUGUAUGUGCCACCGAAGCUGACAUCGAUGCCUUACGAGGAAGAUACGAAGGCGGAUCGGGCACGAAAGCAGCUGGAGCGAGCAAAAAAGCAUGCCCUCGGCUCGUCACUGAUACAGGAUCUGAAGGACGAGUAUCUAGACACACCGGUUGAGCUGUCCAGCAGUUCCCGUGCGCAGCAGAUUCUGUCGCGACGUGAGCGUGAGCGGGAGGAGUAUGAAGAGACGUAUCUUACGCGCCUUCCGGUUACGAAAGCGGACAAACACCGCAGCAGGAAGUUAACGACACUCGCUUCAUUGGGCGACGAAUUGACCAGCUUCACUAAUAUAAGCGUGCUCAACGAAGACUAUCCUUCAACGUCUGCGGGUGGUACUGGUGGUGGCAAAAAACGUAAAGCCGGAAAAAUGAAUAAAAAGCACGGUAAGAAGCGUCGCUUCCGUUAAAUAUUAUACGUGAUACGUGAAGACGCAGUAAGGAGAGUAUAGCGAAAACUACAAUGGACAACAUCGUUUCUAGACAGGUAGUGUGUCCUCCAAACAGAAAGCUCCAAAUAGGAAUUGAAAGCUUUCAAGCUGGUGUAAGCAGGGGAUUUACUGUAAGCAGAUGUGUUUACUACUGCACAUUUUGUACUCCUUUUGUUUAAUCGUUUAGGUUCUACCCUAUUUGCAGAUUAUGAUUGAAUUGUAUGUUUUAGUUAUAUGAUUACAUGUUUCAAUUUGUUCUUGUUAGUUCUAUGGACUAAGGCGGAGUUUCAUUUUUUGUUGAUAGUUCACAUUAUCAAAUAUCGUAAUUUUUUUUCCUUAGAAAAUGGAAAGGUCUAUGAAUUAAUAUACUUUUCUUAGUGUCCAGCCCAAACAGAAGAUGUUACGAAAAAUUGCUUUUGUAAACGUUACAAAUAAUUUCACGAGUGGAAGAUGGAAAACAGAAGAUUCGACAGAAAUGAAGACAGAAGGCUGAGGGCGCGUAAAAUGUAAACAGAUGUAAAGAAUAACAAAGCAUACGAGAAAUAUCGUUACAAGAGAAGCCUUUUAUAAUAUAUUUAUAAGAGAAUAUUUUUUCUCCUUUUUUCAAUAACUCUUAAACCGGCGAGAGACAUAAAAGGGGUAAAAAACAUACGAAUCAUAAAUUGAUCCAUACAACUAUACCAAUACCAUUGCGCUGAAAUUCUCACAGCACAAAUACAAAACUUUCUCCGAAUGGGCAUACCGGUAUGUCUUAGUUUCGUUUACACGUACAUUCGUUAUUAGUUCCUUCGUUGGGCGUUCGUUUUCGAGGAAGCAAAAUAUACAAAAACCUAGUUAUAACGAAAUAGAACUAAAACUGUAUAAUAGAAAUAUGCAAACGAACAACAAUAACACUGAGAAUAGUUAAUGAUAUGAAAUGAGACCUUUAUGUUGUUUUCUAGCAUUAAUACAACCGGUUCUGUGGAACGAAAAAGCGUGGCAGCACGCGGAACGACAACUACAGGUGAAGAUGCAAUUGUUAGCAAGAGAAGGAUUGGAUAAGAGAUGGAGAUAGGCUUUCGACGAAGAAAGAGAGAUGUUAAGAUAAGAUUAACCAUAUUGUUGCCUUUUUCUAUAACAGUACGUAAGGAAAGAGAUUUCUUAUAAGAGUUUAGCAUGCUGUAAAAUGUGGAACCAUUGCCGAACAUAGUGAACAUAUACCGAUUAAAGAAUGAAGGGAAAAUGAGUUAUCAUUUUAACAAAUGAAAGAAGAGACCAGUUAUUGAUUGGAAAUGAUUGAAGAAAUCGAGAGAAUAAUGGAAAGGCAUUCAUAAUUAACCAAGAGAAAUAAUGGCACGAACAUAACGAUUAUGAAACAUGAAGUUGGAGAAAUAAACGCGACCCGCGCGAAACCAUAAAAGAGACAGGGUAAGAAGACGCUGAAACGCAAAAGAGGGUUCAG